AUGAAUGAUGAUGAUGUAGUUUACUCAUCUAGUAAGAAUAGGAUAAGCAUGAAAGUCGGAUCAAAAUUUGAAAACGUGGUUGAUUUUAGGAGAGCUUUGAACCACUAUGCAGUCAUAAAUGAAUUGAACUACUACAUUCAAAAAAGCGACCCGACGCGAUUCACAGCAAGGUGUGAAAACCUAGAGUGCGAGUGGAGACUUCAUGCAUCUAUUACACAAGAUGCAGUUACCUUUGAAGUUAAGAAAAUGUUAGAAGUACAUUCUUGCACUCACAGCAACAAGGGUGGCAAUAAACGAGCCACUCAAGGAUGGAUUGCUAAUGUAGUUACUGACAAGUUGAAAUCUGAUGGAGAGGUCUCUCCAUAUAAGCUUAGAAAUUCGAUUAUGAAAACUUACAAUGUUGAUGUGCCAUACCUAAAAGUUUUUAGAGGGAAAGAGCAAGCUUAUACCGACAUAUAUGGUAAGUGGGAAGACUCCUUCAUGAAGAUGGAUGAAUUUAAAGAAGAACUAUUACUAAGGGGCGAAGGAAGUGUUGUUGAAAUUGGCUUUGACAUAGUUGGUGGAAAGAAACUUUUCAAAAGGUUUUUCAUUUGUUUAGCAGCUUGUUCUAGAGGGUUUGCUGCUGGUUGUCGUUCGUAUAUUGGUCUUGAUGCUUGCCAUUUAAAAGGAAGGUUCAAUGGUGUAUUAGCCGCAGCAACUGGUAUUGACGGUAACAAUUCUAUCUUUCCAAUAGCAUAUUGUGUGCUUGAAUCAGAAAACACACAAUCAUGGACAUGGUUUCUUGAUUCACUGAAAAAAGCAUUUGGGACGCCAAAUGGUCUUGUUAUCUCAUCAGACAUGCAAAAAGGGUUAGAAGUAGCCAUGAUGAAUGUUUAUCCUAAUGUUGAGCAUAGGGAAUGUAUGAGGCACUUAUAUAGCAACUUCAAAAAACACUUUCGUGGGGACUUCUUUAACAAAAAACUAUGGUCUGCUGCCAAAACCUACCGUUCUACCAAGCAUAACAGAUUAUUGAAGGAAAUUAGUGAUAAAAAUGAAGAUUUCAUUGCAUAUCUAAAUACCAACUACAAAAAAUAUGGAGUAGAAGCAAUAACGAUUAAUUCUUGGAUUGGUAAAUUGCGCUAUAAACCUGUGCUUGAUCUCCUUGAUGCAAUUAGGGAAAAGAUUAUGAAACGGUUUGAUAAGAAAAGAAAUUUGGUGAAUACAUGGAAUGGCACAUUGGUUCCUAUUGCUAAAAACCAUCUUAAUGACAUCGCUAAGAACUUGGGUGAGUAUGAAGUUACUAGAAGUUCUGAGAAUCAAGCUGAAGUGAAGUACAAGGGAACACUUUGGGAGGUCAACCUAGAUGAAAGAAAAUGUAGUUGUCGAUUGUGGCAAGUUCAGGGUCGACCAUGUGUACAUGCAGCGGCUUUUAUUGCGUAUAUAAGGGAUGCUAACUGGGACAAAUAUGUUGAUCCAUAUUUCACUAUAGAGAACUUUAAAGCUACGUAUGCUAUUCAAAUUGCUUCGAUGCCCGGACAGGAUCAAUGGGCGCAAAAAAAAUGCAGAGAAAAUUUAUCCACCUAUUACCAAACGCCCACCUGGACGACUAAGAAAAAAUAG